UCUCCCCUUCAUUUGUUGUUGCCGCCAUUGUUAAGCUCUCUGUUUAUCUUCAAAGAUUUCAUUUGUUUUCAACAAGAACACGAAUCCAUGGAGAACGGAGAAAUCCCAGAAAACGCUAAUGAACAUUGUCCGGGUCCUCAAUCGGAUUCCGCUGGUAAAUCCGAUGCAUGCGAAGGUUGCCCUAAUCAAGAAGCUUGUGCCACCGCCCCCAAGGGCCCUGACCCAGAUUUGGUUGCAAUUGCAGAGAGAAUGGCUACUGUUAAGCAUAAGAUACUAGUUUUGUCGGGGAAGGGUGGAGUUGGCAAAAGCACUUUCUCUGCCCAACUCUCAUUUGCACUAGCAGCUAAGGAUUUCCAGGUGGGUCUACUGGACAUUGAUAUUUGCGGCCCAAGUAUUCCAAAAAUGCUUGGCUUAGAAGGUCAAGACAUUCACCAGAGCAACCUUGGCUGGUCUCCAGUUUAUGUUGAGUCCAACCUUGGGGUAAUGUCGAUUGGAUUCAUGCUUCCCGAUCCUGACGAGGCUGUCAUUUGGAGAGGACCGCGUAAAAACGGGCUCAUCAAACAAUUCCUCAAAGAUGUAUACUGGGGCGAGCUCGAUUUUCUGGUUGUUGAUGCCCCUCCCGGGACCUCUGAUGAGCACAUCUCAAUUGUUCAGUUCCUACAGGCUACCGGAAUAGAUGGAGCAAUCAUCGUCACUACGCCACAGCAAGUCUCUUUGAUUGAUGUGCGUAAAGAAGUUAGUUUCUGCAAAAAAGUCGGAGUACCCGUUCUUGGUGUUGUCGAGAACAUGAGUGGUUUGUGUCAGCCAUUGAAAGAUUUCAGGUUUUUGAAGGCGACAGAGAACGGUAAACAUACCGAUCUCACGGAGAAGGUCAUUGAGUAUUUGAGGGAGAAAGCACCUGAAAUGCUAGAUCUCGUCGCUGCCACUGAAGUCUUUGAUAGCAGCGGUGGUGGUGCAGCAAAAAUGUGUACAGAAAUGGGAGUACCAUUCCUGGGAAAGGUGCCAUUGGAUCCACAGCUUUGCAAGGCAGCUGAAGAAGGCAAAUCUUGUUUUGCUGAAAUGAAGUGUCUUACUAGUGCUGCUGCAUUGAAGAAUAUUGUUGAGAAACUGAUGACAAAUUAUUGGCUUGAAGAAAUGCAUGUGGAACAGUAGCCUAGGGUGAACUGAUGUUCAGCUUUACUUGGAUAUCUGUGUUACAGAGAUUUGUUUGCAUGUUAUGUAAUCUUAUAAUUAUGCCCAAGUUUUAGGAAUUUUCUGUGUGGUACAAUACUUGAGUUAUAGAAGUUCAAUACCCUCUGUUUCUGAACACUGAAAACUUACAAAUCAGGACUGUAAUCUUUUUGUUAAUUGUGAUUUUAUUUUUCGAAAUGUAUGCUCAACUCCUCUAUUAUACUGUUGAAUCAGGAGGGACUGGGGGUUGACAUGUUAACAUGCAUCAAUCCCCAACUGUCCUUAUGGAGAGUUGGAUUGAUGUCGAUGACCUUUGCAGAUGCUUUGAGGAGUCUUGUGUAAACGGUUACAUGCUCUUAUUCGACAUGAAAUUCUUCAUCAUUCGGCU